AUGUCUGCUGCAGCCAGAGCUGAAGCUCGCAGGAAGGCCAUCCUAGCCAGAGGCGGCGACCGCCUCGCAAAACUCACAUCGUCCGCCAGGGGCGAAGAGGCUCCCGCCUAUAUGCACGAUGAUCCUCCAUUGGCUCCGUUGCCCAACCGUCCGAAUCUCGAGAGCUUCGUAGGAGAAAGAACGGAGCUUCCCUCUUCUCCGUCGUCGUCUCGCAAUGUCGGGAGAUCGUCGAGUGCGCCUUUCCAGGCAGCAGGCUUGGGCACCAGCGUGCCGGAUCCUUCUGUCUGGUCAGAAGAACAACAGAGGCAGUUCUUGAAUGCACUGCUCGGGGGUGGUCUAGCACCACCACCUGUAUCCAAUAACCAACCCCGACUCCCUCCGUCCUCAGGGAGCUCUGCACCCCCAUCCGAGGAUGAGCCCCUUGCAGCUCUUAUGUCGAGUAUGACACAAUUUAGUGAUGCAAAUGGUUCCUCUCUUAUGGACUCAACUACGUCGGCCGCGUCGUCCCAGAAACUCGCCGAUGCGAAGCCAAAGACAUUCCUGCAGAAAGUCUUGCCACUUGUACACUUACUAGUUGCAUGGGCCCUAUUGGCGUACUUCGUCUUCUGGAAGGAGCCCGAAUCCUAUGAUCUACGAACUCACGGUGCUGUACUCUCGGACACUCGUUGGACACGCUGGGCAGAACUUGCUUGGAAAUUUCCGGAGCAAGGUUGGGGUGUACAAGCUGUGCCCUUCUUUUGGGCUUUCACGACAUCUAUCCUUGUUCUACACUCUUGGCGCGUCUUUUCCAGAUUAGAUACGAUACAGACACCUAUGCUGCUCGCAUUCGCACUUCCGCACCUUCCUCCACCACUACCUUCCAUCAUUACCAAUGGGAUGAAAUACUUGCAGAUCGGAGGAAUCUUCCUCGAUGAUUUGGCAGCAUUGCUUGUAGGGCUCGGGUUCCUUGUGUGGAUAGCAGGAUGGCUUGCAACCUGA